AUGGCCAGACAGGAAGAAGAACUAAGAGACAAAACAAUAACAAAAUACAAAUGGAAAUCUACAGAAUUUCUACGGGUACAAGCAUUUGACCAUGGUACGCCUAUCUUAUCAACAGAUGAAGUUAUAACAAUAAUCAUUGUUGAUGUUAACGACCAUCCUCCAACGUUUCCACACACAAUAGAAAACGCAACUGUGCUAGAAAAUACUAAAGAUGUUAUAGUAACAUCAGUCAAGGCAGAAGAUAUUGAUAAAGAUUCCAUUAUUGAAUACAAAAUAAAAAAAGAUGAAAGUGGAUCGUUUAAAAUUAACCUUAAGGAUGGUACUAUCACAAUUAUCAAAGAGUUAGAUAGAGAAAACACUACAAAUGCUAUUAUAUCUCUUGUAAUAGAAGCUGUAGAUGCGAGUGGAACUAACGCUAGUGAUCAAUGUUAUGAUUCCAUAUUUACACAAAAUAAUUCGACUACAACGACAGUCAAUAUUAAAAUAUUGGACCAGAAUGAUAACCCACCUAUAUUUAAAAGCAGCUUUAUCAGUAUUGGUGUCAGGAGAACUAUCACAACUGGGAAAACUGAAGCUUUUAUUUAUGAUUUGAAGGAAAGCGUGAAACCCGAUCCAGAUUCAGAGCAAUAUUCCGUUCAUCAGUUUAGUGUAAAUGGUAAAUUAACAUACUCCAGUGGUGACCAGUUGGGACAAAAGAUACAAGAAUUAUUGAACACAAACAAGAUAAAGGCGUGCACAGGAAGUAACGACAAAACACCGAUAUGUGUGACUGGCAACGGGACAGUUAAUACUAAUAUUCAACUUGAGGAAAAUAUGAAAGGUUAUAUAAACAUUCCAUUAAUUGUAAGGGAUGCUGCAGGGAACAGUACGACAGAGAUGAGGAUUUACAUUAUAUCUGACUAUCAGACAGGAUCGAUAUUGAUCAAUGGUAAUAAGGAAUAUGUACACAGAAUUAAAGCAGAUUUGAUGAGAAUUCUUACCCAGUUAACUAAACAAAACUUUACCGCUGAUGGAAUUCGUCCUUUUAACACGGGAACUUUUCAAAGCACGUAUCUGGAUUUCCAUGUUGCUGAUCCGAAAACAGGAACAAUUCUUAGCGCAAAAGACGCCAUUCAGUUAUUCGACAAAUAUUCGAGCCAACUUGGAGUUACUUUAAAGCAGUAUAGUAUUUUAGCUGCUAAGACAUAUACAGAAACUCAAUCCCAGGAUGAUGAAGGCGGUAUUAAGACCACAUACAUCAUGAUUGCUGUGAUAGCACUUCUUGGAGCUACAAACUUGUUGAUUGGAUUCUGCUUUUGUAGUAGUGCAACAAGAUACCAACAUAAAUUAAAAGCAGCUACAACUAAGUCAACAGUAGAUCAAGACAAAGAUGGAAAAGAGACUCACCCAGGAACGAAUUUGUAUGCUAGAAACCAAAAUCCGUUACUAAAUAAAGAAGUAGAUUUUACCAAUAUUGACUACGACCGUUUUGCUGAUGAUGCAAGUGUGGCGUCAUACGAUUCAAAUCAGUUUACAAAGAAAGAACCCAUACGUGGAGAUGAAGAGAAAGGUGCUACUAUGGACAUGUAUGAUGAUGAGAGGGAUGUACAGCAAGGUGAUAAUGAAUCUCUGGCAAUGGUUCUUGAGCAGUACAAGAAAGAGAAGGCUGCUAGUCGCGAAAGUCUGGUUCCAAGAGAUAUGCAUAAUGGUCAUCUUCACACUGAUGAGUUCACACAUUCAUUUGACAACGAUGGCCUUGAACUUAGCCUUGAAACGACCGAAGUGUAGGUUCAAGGUUCUGUUUUUUUAUAUAAAAGAAACAGUUAAGUGCAUAAUCAGUUAUUUGCCAAAAAACAAUGCAUCAAUUUAAUGUAAAAAAAAAUCUGUCUCAUAUAUACUUAUAUGAAAAGGAUUUAACAUAGCAUGCUACUGCACAAUUAAAGGUAUCAGUCUUAGAUACAUUGUGUUACACGUUUUCUUCAAGUAUCAUAUUCAAUUUCUGUAGAAAAAGUGAAGUGAAUAAUCAGUAAUUUGCAAAAAAACAUGCGUCAAUUCAAUGUAAAAAUAAUCUGUCUCAUAUAUACUUAUGUGGAAAGGAAAUGAUAUAGUAUGAUAUUGUACUAUGUAAGAUAUAUGUCGAAGGUAUUACACGUUUUCUUCAAAUAUUAUAUUCAAUUUCUUUAGU